ACUUGUAUGUAGUAUGCAUAUUUCUUAUGCCUAGACAUUGAAAAUACUUAUUUCUUAGUAGCUUUCAAUUUACUGAUGGAAAGCAUAACCAUGUGCAGGCUUAGUUAACAGAGGAUAUAGGUCUCACACUAAUUGUUGGAGAUGUUUGCAGGGUUCCUGGUGAGAACAUUCAAAUGGAUCUUUCCAGCUGGGGUUCUGCAGGAUCCUUGCUCUGCAGAAAGAUCCAGUGAACCUUGUGACUUCUUGAGAUGUUAGCACUGCAACGUGUAUACCUUGUGCAAAAUUUUUAUUCCUCAGUACAUCACUUGAAUUUGGUUGCUUAUGGCUCUGAGGAGAGCACAGGCUGACAGGCAUCCAUUUAUGCCUAUUGCAAACACAGAUAAGUCAUUCUGAGGGACGUUAGGAGCACCUCGCUCACCGCUGCUGCUGACAGCAUUGCUUUGUGAAGCCGUCUCAGACAUGCUGGUUUGACUCUGCAGUCCCAGUCUUGUACUGAUUCUUUCUAUAUCAACAAAUGAGCUUUAAACAUGGGCAACACGUAAGCAUAUGUUGGCAUGCUGAGGAAUUAAUCUGGAGGUUCAGGCAGAAGAUAGUGACGUAAAUAUGCAGUGCUACCCACCAUGUUGCUGACUUAGGCUUUUUUGUGGCCUUGUGGAUAUUCCAGCUGUGCUGCCCGAGGCAUCUUGUUUCCAUGUAAGGUUCAGUUCUGUGUUUUGUUUCUUUUCUGUCAGCAGCCGUCUUGUUAGCACAGCCUGCUAUCAGUCAGGUAUUGCUGGCAGGAUGCUCAUGCAGUGAAUCAGGUUGGUGUCUGAUUUGGUGGGGGAAUUUGUUUUUCAGUUUGUUCAGCUACAUAGUCUGUUCCAGUGUUUUUGUAACACUUCUGCCAGAAGAGCACAAGAGAUGUUCAUUCAAACAAGUUGGGCGGUGAUGAAGAGCUGCUGAAAUAGUGCAAGUGUCAAAUGUCUACAAUAGCCUUAUUCACCAGAGGAACAAAAGAGUGAUAUUUCUUGCAGUAAAGAGUGCUUUGGGGGUUAUCCCAGUGGGAACCAAAUUCUGAAACAGAAGGCAGAGGUGCCAGGUGAAGCUGAAUGCAUUACUGACAUUACUGUUGCUGUUGUCUCUCAGUAGUCUUCUGGUAGAACAGUCGUUUGAGGCGUACAUUGUUGUGUGUUGGCAGCCUGGUAGUUUGACCCACAGGGGCAGCAGCCUGGUACCAGCCGUUAGGGGUACAUGUGAUAUAUGCAAGAGAAACUGUAAUAAAGGAUUUUUAUUGUUUUGCCCCAAAAUACUAAGGUUCAAAAUAUCUCCUGUUUUAUCCUUUACUUUUUCAGAAAAUAAUCUUGAAUUCUGAGCAACUGAUUUUUAUAGCACAGUUGUCGUCACACUGAAUUGUGUGCAAGGUAUUUGCCAUCCAUAAACAGUUACAGAGGAAGGUGCAGGCCUUGAGAAUACAUUUUAGUUGAAGGUUAAGUGUUGGAGCUGUCUAUCUAAAGAUGAUGUAAUUUCUGUAAAACUGAUGCAUUGGUAAAGCAGACAUCAUUCAAGCUUUUUACAGACACGCAUUGAUAUUUCCUUUGUGAAACUGAUAGUGUUUUGGCUGAUGAUGAGAACGUCUGUUCAAUGCAAAUAAUGCUAGUUCUGUCUUAAUUCAAAAUUACACUGACGAGCAGGAUUUGUAACAUUAUUAUGAAACAGCAGUUUGCUACUGAAUGCUGUUUUGCUUUUCCUGAGGAGGUGGUAUUAGCCUGAGUAACAAAUGACUUUUUUCUUGCUUCAUUUUCAUUCUUUGAAAAACCCACUGAGUAUUUUGUUCUUUUGUUCCAUUUGUUUGAUGCAUGUUUGUUUAUUUCUAGGCCUUUCUUAAAACUUCCCAUGUCUAAAUGGACUCCUGAAUGUAAUAUAGUGUAUACUCUAAAAGCGGAUAUGAAGAGUGAAGUUCCUUCUGAUGCACCAAAGAGACAAGAGAGCCUGAAGGGGAUCCUCUUGAACCCUGAGCCUAUUGGGGCAGCCAAAAGCUUCCCUGCAGAAGUGGAGAUGAUUGCCAGUAAAGUAGGGAAUGAAUUCUCUCACUUAUGCAGUGACUCUCAGAAGCAGAAGGAUAUGAAUGGCAACCGUACAGACCAAGACAAAAGUCUCGUGGUGCGAAAAAAACGCAAGAGCCAGCAGGCUGGUCCUUCAUACACACAGAACUGUCCUGAUAAAGAAAACCAAGGAGUCUUGGGAUUAAGACAGCAUCUAGAAACACAGAGUGAAGACAAUGACUCUUCUUUUAGUGACUGUAUCUCUUCACCUUCAUCUAGCCUACAUUUUGGAGACUCUGACACUGUAACAUCUGAUGAAGAAAAAGAUGCUCCCGUAAGGCACUCUCAGGCAGUGCUGAAUGCUGCAGGUAGAACUCACAGUGCAAGGUCACAAAAGUGGCCUCGGACUGAGGCAGACUCUGUACCUGGAUUAUUAAUGAAAAGGCCCUGUUUUCACAGCAGUUCUUUAAGAAGACUUCCAUAUAGAAAGAGAUUUGUGAAAACCAGUUCCUCACAGCGGACGCAGAAUCAGAAGGAACGAAUUUUAAUGCAGAGGAAAAAAAGGGAGGUGUUAGCUCGAAGAAAGUAUGCUUUGCUACCCAGCUCUAGCAGUUCGAGUGAGAAUGAUCUCAGUAGUGAAUCUUCCUCUAGUUCAUCCACUGAGGGUGAGGAAGACCUAUUUGUGUCACCUGGCGAAAACCACCAGAACAAUACAGCUGUUCCUUCAGGAAGUAUUGAUGAAGAUGUUGUGGUGAUUGAAGCAUCUUCCACACCCCAGGUCACUGCUAAUGAAGAAAUAAAUGUUACCUCAACAGACAGUGAAGUGGAGAUUGUUACCGUUGGUGAGAGCUACAGGUCUCGUUCAACACUUGGACACUCAAGAUCACAAUGGGGACAAAGCUCUAGUACUCAUACUGCACGGCCUCAAGAACAGCGCAACCGCAGCAGGAUUUCCACAGUCAUACAGCCACUGAGACAGAAUGCAGCAGAGGUUGUGGACCUUACAGUGGAUGAAGAUGAGCCAACAGUUGUGCCAACCACAUCAGCUAGAGUGGAGCCCCAGGUCGUGAGCUCUGCUUCCAGUAACAGUUCUAGUACAUCUACCUCAGAGCAGGCCUCUGAUGCAGCUCCAAACGUCUCCACCAGCCAGCCCUCUGCAGCACCAGAGACAACUUCUAGUCUUCCCAAUAGCAGCACUGCUGGUACUUCAGCUGGAGAUGAUGCAAGAAGAACUGCACCUAAUACAACACUGGAAACUGGCCCUCCAGCCAUGCCAAGGUUACCAUCAUGCUGCCCUCAGCAUUCUCCAUGUGGAGGAUCUUCACAGAAUCACCAUGCUUUGGGACAUCCGCAUACAAGCUGCUUUCAGCAGCACGGCCACCACUUUCAGCAUCACCACCAUCAUCACCACAACCCUCACCCAGCAGUUCCCUUGUCCCCUUCAUUCAGUGACACCAGCUGCCCUGUUGAACGGCCUCCUCCAGUGCCUGCACCUUGUGGAGCAAGCAGCAGUUCUGGCACCAGUUACCAUGACCAGCAGGCAUUGCCAGUAGACUUAAGCAGCAAUGGCAUAAGAAGUCAUGGAAGUGGUGCUUUUCAUGGAACAUCUGCUUUUGACCCCUGCUGUCCUGGUUCUUCAUCUCGAACUGCAAUUUAUGGGCAUCAGACUGGUGCUGGCCCAAGCCAAUCACUAACAAUAGAUGGAUAUGGAUCAAGUAUGGUUGCACAGCCACAGCCCCAACCUCCUCCUCAGGCAUCACUUUCUUCCUGUCGGCAUUAUAUGCAUUCUCCUUAUGCUUCUUUGACCAGACCUCUUCACCAUCAAGCUUCUGCAUGUCCCCAUUCUCAUGGAAAUCCUCCUCCUCAGCCACAGCCUCCACCUCAAGUAGAUUACGUUAUUCCUCAUCCAGUGCAUCCCUUCCAUCCUUCAAUCUCCUCUCAUGCAUCUUCUCAUCCUGUUCCACCUCCACCACCAACUCACCCUUUAGCCAAUGCAGCUGCUCCGAUUCCCCAGCAUCUUCCAGCAGCACACCAGGCUAUAUCCCAUCACAUCCCUGCGACAGCUCCUCCAGCGCAGAGGCUUCAUGCUCAUGAAGUGAUCCAGAGGAUGGAGGUCCAGAGAAGAAGAAUGAUGCAACACCCAACACGUGCUCAUGAACGACCUCCACCACAUCCUCACAGAAUGCAUCCGAAUUACGGUCAUGGACAUCACAUUCAUGUGCCUCAGACAAUGUCUUCCCAUCCUCGACAAGCUCCAGAGAGAUCUGCCUGGGAACUGGGAAUUGAAGCUGGUGUGACUGCAGCUACUUACCCUCCAGGGCCCUUGCAUCCUCACUUGGCCCACUACCACGCACCUCCUAGACUUCAUCACUUGCAAAUAGGGGCUCUUCCUCUAAUGGUACCAGACAUGGCGGGCUACCCUCACAUCCGUUACAUUUCAUCGGGAUUGGAUGGAACAUCAUUCAGAGGCCCUUUCAGGGGCAAUUUUGAGGAGCUGAUUCACUUGGAGGAACGAUUAGGCAACGUGAAUCGUGGAGCGACACAGGGAACUAUAGAAAGAUGCACAUAUCCACAUAAAUACAAAAAGGUAACAACUGAUUGGUUCUCACAGAGGAAACUGCACUGCAAACAAGAUGGGGAGGAAGGAACGGAAGAAGACACAGAGGAAAAAUGUACCAUCUGCUUGUCUAUAUUGGAGGAAGGUGAAGAUGUGAGGCGACUUCCAUGUAUGCACCUUUUCCACCAAGUGUGUGUAGAUCAGUGGUUGAUUACUAAUAAGAAGUGCCCAAUUUGCAGAGUGGACAUUGAGGCCCAACUGCCUAGUGAAAGCUGACACCAUUUUCCAGAACUCUUGUCCUCCUUCUUGCUCCCUCUCAUCCUUCCUGGUACUGCAGUCAACCAAAGAUGGCAUGACUUACCUGCGCAGAUUUGGAAGCAUUGAACCUAAGAGUGCUGGCUCUGCUAUAUGGUACAACUAAUGCUAGACCUACAGUUUAUGUAGAAGACCGUUGAGUUUCAGUGUAUUUAUAAAACUUUUUUUUUUAGGUUUUACUUUUUUUCUUUCGUUACUGUAUUUUUGCAUGGUUCCUUGUAUUGCAUUUGUUUGCACAUAUUAUGGGCUUUGUGACCCCAAACUUGCAGGCAAGAAUAGCUGCUUUAGUAAGUAGAAGUGUGUGGUCUCUUUUUUGGUUUGUUUUACAUAGUUUCAAGCUUUGAAAGUAUGAUUUCACUCAUUACUAACCUCAAAUUCCUUAAUUUAAUCAGUCACGUAUUUUAGUUUAAUGUAUAAAGAUCAUCUAGAAAAGGAUAAUAUUAUGUAUUGAGACAUUCCUUCACUAGGAAAAAAUGGCUGCUGUAUAUUUACAAUAUCAGUUCUGAGUCAAAUAACAUCUGUAACAGUGGGAACAGAAUAUGAACUAUAUUCAGUUUGAUACAUAUGCAUACUCAUCACCAGAGUUUUUGUCUGAUCAGAUUUGUUCUAAAAUUUCAGCACAAUGCAGAUAUAUUUGAAUGUCAAUAUUAAACAUUUAGACUGCUGUUCAGAUUGUAUUUAUCAUUUUCUUCCUAUGUCUAGAAAUUUGAGUCCCUAACUUAAUAUUUGCUGCUGUGAAACAGCUCUAGUGAACACUAAAUGGUUGAUUUCAGUUAGCUGGAUUGUAGAUACUUGCAGAUUGAAAAAA